AUGGUAAAAGAUUUCAAAUCUCAAAGUACUCCUCCAAAAAAGGACUUUAAAUAAGGUGGUUAUAUAAAAAAAGAUUUUGCUUCAAGAGGUGGCAAUGGUGGCGGAUUUUAAAAAGGAGGGAGACCUGGUUUUAGAGGAGGAAGAUAAUAAUAUGAUUAAGGUCCACCUGAAAAAGUAGAUCCUAUGUGUGAAUAUUCUCAUUCAUGCGGAGAUCAAAUAAUUGUAAAAGCAACAAAUACAAGCAAAGUACCUAAAUUUAAUAGAGGAAUUUAUUUAUAAAACAAAACUAAAAUUGGUACAGUUGAUGAAAUUUUUGGGCCUAUUGAAAAAUUCUUUUAUUCUGUUAAACUAGAAAAAGGAAUAACUCCAGAUUCUUACAAGGUCGGAGAUUAAUUUUAUAUGGGAUAUGAUGACUUACUACCAGUAGAUAGAUUCUUAGGGAAACCAAGGGCUUAAGGAGGAAGAUCAGGCGGACAAAGAGGUGGAGGAAGCUCAUUUGGAAGAGGAGGAGGCCAAAGAGGUGGUGGUUUUUAAAGAGGAGGAAGAGGUGGAAAAGGAAACUCUUUUGGUGGAGGAAGAGGAGGAUCUUUUGGCGGAAACAAUAGAGGUGGUGGUGGAUAUAAAAAAAGUUUUAAAUGAUUUUUUUAUAAUUUAUGAUUUAUUUAGC